AGCCUGAACACUGGAGGAAAGCUCAACAUCUUCAGAUCAUCCUCUCCCUGUCCACACCAACAACUGCAGUCAUGAAUGUAGGUAUCUGUGUGUGUGUCAUCCUGGCUGCUUUGUCCAGUGGUUCCCUGAGUCUGCCUUCACAGUCCGUGAGAGCUGAGAGUUUGGCUCUGGUGACAGACAGCGUUCAUCCCUCCUCGCCCGUCCACUCCCGCCAGGCCCGCUCAGCUCCAGCGCCCCCCUCAGGGCAGUUCGCCAGCUACAGCCAGGACGCAGACACUUCCAACAGCCUGAGCCAGCUCCUGGCCAGACUCAUCUCCAGGAAAGGCUCUCCCUACCAGAGCAGAUCCUCCCUCAGCAGCAGAGCCAGCGGUUUGGCCCCCAGCCACAGGAUAAAGGACAGAGAUUACAUCGGCUGGAUGGACUUUGGAAGACGUAGUGCCGAGGAGUACGAAUACUCCUCCUAAAGGCUUGAGUUGCUUUCUUCGAACCCCCGAGUUACAACCCCCCCUGAGUAAAAGCCUACAAAAAUAUAAAGCCCUUUUCACACUGCACCUGCUGUAACCCAGGACUGACUGAUGAGUUUAGCAUCAUAUCCUAAGCAGAGACAAGAAUUAUUUUAUAAUGCAAAUUCCAAAUGUCAAUGCUGAACUUAAAUGUAAAAGACGAGGCAGACAAAAUGCUACAUUUCUGUAACUGUCAAGAAAUCUUAUGACCAAAACCAACAAUGUGCUUGUCCAUUCUCUCUGUACUUUCUGACUUAACAUCUGUCUGUAAUUAGGGCGAAGGACAUCCAUCAUUAAAAAUGGGUAAAAAAAACAAAACAUUACUCAAUCAGUAGUGAAUGUAUUUGACACAUUUCUAGUGGUGGAUAAGUACAGAUUUAGUGCUGUUGUGUUUUUAUAGGGUGGUAAGAUGGUGUCAUUGAUUAAAAAUAAACGUCAGUUGUGAUGAAGGGACCCUGGUGCUCUUCGGCACAAAUGAAUGAGCUAUCAGACGUUGGACAGCAGAUACUUGUUAGUAGGACUGAUUCAGUCAUUGUUGGUUUUUCUUGGGAUUUGUGACAAUGAGAAAAAUAAAGUAGCUCUUACUGGUGUUGACAGAUUAACAGACUGCUACAACACUGAUAAAUGCCAUGUUUUACACUGGAUCUAAGUCCAACAGCGUGUCUGCAUUUAAAAGGUGAAAGAACUGACUGUAAAGCCAAAAGAAUCUCCCAAAGCUGUUCCUUUCAAUAUAAUUUUAUAGUCAGAAAAAAGUGGUGUCUUAGAACUUAGACUUAUGUAACUCAAAGUUGUAUUAAAAUGUCUCAUUUUACUGACAAUUUAGAAUGUAUCUGGGGCCUUUAUUGGACCUUUAUGAGCCACUAAGGUGUCUUUGACAAAUUGGACCAAAAGAUUUGAGUUGAUUGGUAUCAUAAUGUACUCAGUUAACUACAGCCCAGAGACUCAGUUCACUUCUACUUCACACAAGUACACAAUUAAAAAGGGUUCUUUUUAUAUUUCACCAUAAGCAGCUAAAGAAAACAGCUUGAUAUCAUAUAAAAAAAUAAACAAACAAUAACAAAAAACAGCACAGAGUCAGUACCCACACAUCUGAACUGGAUGAAAAGGGGCUGAAAAGGCAGCAGCUUCUCAGCCUCAGUCCUGCCUGCUGACGGUAACCCUGGGCUAAAACUGGGCAGUGUGAAAAGCACAAAAUGCAUUUUAGAAAGCAGGAGGUGUUGUCUAUAUGAGAUGCUUGAGAAUCUCCCUGUUAUUGCAUUAUGGACUGCAGACACUUUAAAAUCAGGAUUACAAAUGUUGUGGAUAUUAGCUCUACAGAUUAGAUAUUUUAUAUCAUCAGUCCUUCUGGGGGACUGUUAUGUCUGUAUGCGCUCUGAAAGGUUGAGUGUCUGUAAUAAACAAUAAUAUGUUUCUGCCACCUUUCAGACUCAACACAAGUCCAGAUAAUUGCAUUGUAUUUAUUAGUGGGAAGAUCCCAAGUCUGUCAUGUAGCUGCUGCCUGAGGCCAGUAUGGAGGAGAUUCAGCACUGGAGCAGAGAAACACUGUCUUUACAUGAGCGUUGGGUGUAAUUCACCAAGGCUUCCAUCAUUACACGUAAGCCAAGAUAUUGUCAUUAGUGUUGAUUGUGAACAAAACUCAGGCUUUCCUGGGAUUAGCAUUGGGACUAAUGAGCUGAUUUCCUGAAUAGAAAACAUUUUAAACCAGACAUAAAUCUUACAGCUAAUCCUGCUUUGACACAUCUUAUUUUACAGCCAAAUUAAACAGAAUUAAUGCCAACCAUCUGUGUUAGUCCUGAGCAAUUAAAGCUAAAGAGAGUACUGUGGACCUCAAUUAUGAUAUUAAUAUUACAUUACUAGAUUACACAGAAUGCCUCCAGGUGAAUUAACAAAGUAAUAAAUGUCAAGGAGAAGAAAAAAUGACAAAUUCUCUGCCACACUGCUGAACAUAAACCAGAAUACUCCCAGUUGUAAAUAAAAAUCAAGCUUUUAGUUUGGAAAUAAAAAAAUUGGUCUCCAAAUACAUAUUGAUUUGAUGUAAAUUUGUCUGUAAAACUGAUAUAAAGCAAUAUAAAUGUGUAUGAUUUUUGAUGAGAGGGAAGGUUUCUGUUGAGUCUUAUUGUUAAACGUGCAGGAUCUGAGGCAGGUCUGGAUUCAUUGAUCUAUCUAUGCUGGGAAAGAAUAAAACACGAUGUUGA